AUGGAGCAUUCGCUGGGCUACAUAUUUGGGAAGUUGUGGUUGCGACUGCGAGAGAAUGACGUCAAGUACUCACAAAUCGCUUUCGACGAGCCAUUCUCGGGGCGGCCGAGAAACCAGGCUCUCAGGGAUGAGAAGUUUGAGGCAUGGCAAAGACAAUGGCAUCGUUACAAGCAUCACUUGGAGUGGCUCUGGACCCUAUCGCCAUGGUUCAUCGCAGCAGCCUUUGGGAAAACGCAACGACGACUGCCGAAAAAGACAUCGACAUCGUACCUAAACGGGGUUCGCGGCCUCGCCUGCAUUAUUGUCUACAUGUUCCAUGCCGUGGGCCUCCACGACACUUUCUUCUUUCAUGCCUACGGCGCCGAGCCGGCCGAGAACAAUCGGUACUUUACCCAGCUGCCUAUCAUCCGUGUCAUCUGGGCAGGCAAGGGCAUGGUGGCCGUCUUCUUCGUCCUGUCGGGCUUUGUGUUGGCGCAUUCUCCUCUUCGCAACAUUACGAACCAUUCGUCGGUGUCGGACGGAAUGCUCAUUACGGGCUUGUCUUCCUCGAUUCUCCGUCGUGGAAUUCGCCUCUUUGGACCCACGAUUAUCAUGAUCGUACUGACCUGCCUGUAUCCAGACAGCUGGGUCGAAGAAGACACCACCGUCUUGGAGCACAUGCGGAGAUAUCUUAAUUUGACCAUACCUCUGCUGAAUCCGUACGAUUGGGACAGAUAUUUCCCGCGGUCCUUUGACCAAACCUGGACGCUUCCCGCCGAGUAUCGCGGAUCCAUGAUGGUCUUUCUCAUGUGCAUAGCCACGGCAAGACUGACUACCGUGGCUCGGAAGGUCGUCAUUGUCAGUACGGCUUUCUGGGCUUUGUAUCACAUGCGUGGCGACAUGUACUGCUUUUUGAUGGGCAUGGCUAUAGCAGAGCUUCGGUUCAACCCACUGACCGACGAUUUUGCAUUCAUGAGAGCAAAGAGAGUGUCGAGAUCACUGCGGUGCACCCUGGCUGUGACUCUUUUUUUGGUGUCGAUAUUCGUCCUUAGCUGGCCAGAAGACGGCGACGGCGGAGUCGAACCAUACAAGACCAUGAACGGUUUCGUCCCAGAGAAGUGGCGCGGAGGUAACGAGGCCUUUGCUCUCUUCUGGGGCUAUUUCGCCGCCCCGGGCUUGCUGUUCGCACUCGAGAAUCUGCCGUCUGCGCAGCGCCUGCUGUCAACGACGCCCAUGCUGUACUUUGGAGAGAUUAGUUUCUCUUUUUACCUUCUCCACUGGUCGGCUUUCCAAUGGCCCGGACGACACUUGAAGGACUUUUUGGAGAGAGACUUGGAGUGGUCAAGGGAUUCGAGCAUCUAUACCAUGCUUGUCGUGACUUUUAUUCUCUUGGUCACGUUGGCUGAUGUGUUCUGGAGGACUGCCGACGAGGGCUGCGUCAAGUUAUCACGAACAUUUGUUGAUUGGCUCGGUAUUCACGACACCCGAAAGUCUUGUGCUGUCGGUACAAGUACUGUUGGACUGCAUAACUGA